AUGGCUUCCGAGAAGCUCAAGGGCGACCAGCUCGAGGGCGACAUCACCUUUAUCAAGACCCCGCCCCAACCCCCCGCCAAAUUCGCUACCAACGAGGACUGCGGUGUCAAGACCACCAACUCCCCGGCUAUUCACAAUGCGCCCCUUCCUGCUGAGGGUCCCGGCCAUGAGUCCUUCUCCAACUACCUCCUCGGAGGUCUGGUCUUCGGUGUUCCCUGGUGGCUCACCCGCACUUUCGGAGGCGGCUUGAAGACCUACAUCUUCUUCGUUCUCCUCUGCUUCUUCCCCAGUUUGAUCGUCGUCUGGAUGGGCUUCUCGACCUACUCCCCGCGCAUGAACGACAAGGCUAAGCUCCCCGGCCGCCCUGUCGAGCACUACAUCACCUUCAAGAACGAGGCCGACCGCAGGAGGUGGAGCGGUCGCAACAAGGUCCCCAUCAAGACCUUCUACGAGAUGUACUUCGACGGCGAGGUCGACUUCAACGGCGACUGCCUCGAGGUCAUGGAGUACCGCCACGACUGGUGCACCUUCCAGUUCACCUGGGCUGUUCUGCAGUUCAUUCUCUUCACCUUCUUCCGUGACGUUGCUUUCCACUCUCAGCAACAGGAUGAGGAGCAGGUUCAGCCUACCUACGACAGCGGUAACGACCACUACGCCUGGUUCCUCGGCCCUCGCAUGAUCUACACCAGCGGUAUCUUCUCCGACAUCACUCGCGAGGAGACCCUUGAGGAGAUGCAGGACAACAAGAUGGCCAUCGUUUGCGAGAAGAUCGAGCUCAAGGAGGGCGAGUCUAUGCUGGAUAUCGGCUGCGGAUGGGGAACCCUUGCCCGCUUCGCCAGUGUCAACUACGGCGCCCACGUCACCGGAGCUACCCUCGCCCGCAACCAGGCCGCCUGGGGUAACGACGCCCUCCGCCGCGCCGGCAUCCCCGAGAGCCAGAGUCAGCUGUUGGUUUCCGACUACCGCGAUAUCCCCAAGAAGAAGUUCAACAAGAUCACCCAGCUCGAGAUGGGAGAGCACGUCGGUAUCAAGCGCCUCACAACCUUCUUCCGCCAGUGCUACGACAUGCUUGAGGAUGACGGUUCCAUGUACGUCCAGCUUUCUGGUCUCCGCAGGCCGUGGCAGUACGAGGAUCUCAUCUGGGGCACCUUCCUGAACAAGUACAUCUUCCCUGGUGCCGACGCUUCCACCCCUCUCUGGUACUACGUCAGCUGUCUCGAGAAGGCCGGAUGGGAAGUCAAGAGCGUCGACACCGUCGGUGUUCACUACUCCGGAACCCUCUGGCGCUGGUACCGUAACUGGCUCGGCAACUCCGAGGUCGUCACCGCCAAGUAUGGUCAGCGCUGGUACCGCAUCUGGGAGCUCUUCCUCGCCUGGUCCGUCAUCGCCUCGCGCCAGGGAAGCGCCACCUGCUUCCAGAUGGUCGUCGUCAAGAACCUCAACGCGACCGACCGCCUCAACGGCUUCACCUCCCAGUUUGGUCUCUCCGGCGCCCUCGCGGCCGCCAAGGCCAAGGGCAAGGCCAUCCUCAAGCAAUAA